UAGUACAAUUGUAGUAACAGAAAUGUGUGUGGGCUGUGUUUGGGAAAGAUCAUGGCUGUUAUUGGGUGUAGUCACAUGUGUCUGUGUCAUAACACUGGCUGAGACUAAAAAUGUUAAGUGUUGCAUAAUGCCCUCCCCUGAUGCACAGAGAAUCAUCCAAGCGGUCAUGGGAAAGAGCAGAACAGCUCGUUCCUCGGACGAUUUCCUGUCCUGCGGCCACCUGGCACAGACACACACAUUACAUUCUCAAGCCAGAAAAAUGUGCAUUUUUGUCAGUGCACUGCAACCUUUAGAAUCAUGUUUUGUGAUUUAAUAGUUAUGUUGCAUAACUUUGACUCUAUGUAACUUAAACUUUCACUUUUCCUUCAUUAGUGAUUAGAAUUCCAUGGAAAACAGAGGCGAAUAUGUGAUGUUUUCAAAAGAGACGUGCCUGUUGGACACGCCAUCUGAGAAACUGAGGAAAGAGCUGGAGGAGGAAUUGAAACUCAGCAGCCACAACAUACAAAGCUAUGGCUGGUACCAUGGACGUAUACCCUGGGAGGUUUCAGAGUCUCUUGUGCUCCAGGAUGGGGAUUUCCUGAUCCGUGAUUCUUUCACCAGUUUGGGAGACUACGUCCUGACCUGUCGCUGGAAUCAGAAGGCUCUUCACUUCCUAGUUAGCAAAGUGCUGCUUAAAUCCAGUGACUCAUAUUCACAAACACAGUAUGUUCUGGAAGGAGAGGCAUUUGACUCCAUUCCGGCCUUGGUUCAUUUCUAUGUGGGCAGUCGGACGCCGCUGACCGAAAGAAGCGGUGCACUCGUGCACUCCCCAGUCAACAGAACACUACCAGUACGGUAUCUGGAGACAAUGUUUGGACAGAGUAGUCAGGAGGGGACGCCGCUACACUCACCUGUGCAUAAGAAAGGAAGCAUGAAAAGAGGAGAUAGUCUGGAAGUGACAGAGGCUCUGGCGAUUGAACUUAUAAACCCUCAGAGGGAGGCAGCCAAGAGCUUUGUAGAAAAUCUGGAACAGCGAGUUGUGGCGUCAUCAUCACCAACCACACUGAACACAUUCUCCAGACGUAGAAGGAGUCCUUCACGCAACAGGAAGUUUGUAGUGGUCCCAUCAUCACCCAUUUUGCAAAGAUUCGACGAGACACACCUGUGCACCUCACCUUCUGAUAGUGAUGUCAUCUAUCUUGAGCCUACAGAUAACAUCUGGUUUGCCAUGGCCAGUCAAAGCACAUCUUGGGAGCCCAGUGACUUAAAAUCCCCAACAGUUCUCAAUCCAUCCAGCCUGGCUCAUACAGAGCCUUUUCUCAGCGGACAAGAGGAGCAGACAGUGCCUGUCUUUAUGGAUGAGGACAAUGAGGAUUACUUAAUGCCACUUGUCAUUGAAACAGAGUCUAGUUUCAGGCCCAGUAUGUACCAGUCACCACUGAUGUCUGCAGAAAAUAAACCGCUAGAAAGGAGAGUAUUGAGGAAAGUAAAAGAGGUGCUUGCAGAUGUUGAUACAAAGACAAUGGCGUUGCACAUCACCAAAGUUGACUGCAUGGUGGCUCAUUUACUGGAUUUACCCAGUUGCAGAGCAGGAGGGAUGACAGUGAAUUCAGGAAUGGAGCUGCUCACACUUCCACAUGGCCACCAUCUCCGCCAGGACCUGCUGGAAAGGUUCCACACAAUGUCCAUCAUGCUAGCAGUCGUGCUGCUGGGUUGCACAGGAAGUGUGGAGGACAGAGCCAGCCUAUUACACAGAACUAUUUCAUUAGCUUCUGAGCUAAAGGAUAACAUGGGAAACAUGUUUGGCUUUUCUGCAGUUAUGAGAGUUCUGGAACUGCCACAGGUUGCCCGAUUGGACGAGACAUGGGCAGUUCUACGGCAGAAAUACACAGAAGGCGCAGUUCUGUAUGAGAAAACGUUGCGCCCUUUUCUAAAGAAGAUAAAUAAUGGAAAAGAACUCUGUGAUCCAUCAGAGACGACCGUCCCCCAUGUGGUUCCUGCUUUACUCCUGCUUGAGAGAACUGCGGUAAUUCUUGAAGGCUCAGAGUCCUGGGAGAGUCUGGAUUCUGGAAUGGAUUCUGUGUUGUGUCAUUUAGAUGCUGCACGAACCAUUGCAUGCAAUGGGGAGAUUUUCAGUUCUAAUGCGAAAAGAAAACUGCAGGGUUUCCAGGAGCAGCCAGACACACUAGAAGUUUUCCUCACUGAGUUUCAGAUGCGUCUCCUGUGGGGAAACCGGGGAGUGGAGGAGAGCAGGGAGGAACGAUAUGAGAAAUUUGAUAAAGUAUUAACAGCCCUGUCCAACAGAUUGGAAUCGACUCAGCAGGCAAAAUAAUGUUCAUUAUAAAUAUUUUUCUCAGAGAUGUGUCUGUAUCCUCUGUUUGAAGAAUGCACAUGAUUACUUAGGGAAUUAAUUGUUACACAGCACAACAGUAUGACUGAAUAGGGUUUUAAGUUAUUUGUUUUUAACCUUUAUAUAAUUUUGUAAUUAGUGUAAAUAAACAUUAUACCCAUUUGCAUUUUAAAUGUAAUUAAUAAUAUUAGAGUUCAUUUAUGCUGAAUAAUAACAAUGUCUGUAUAUAUUUCCUUAGAAGUUUCAUUUAUAUUGCUGUAUAUUGCCAUGUGCACCUUUGU